ACUGAACUCACCACCAACGUGGAGCGGAGUCGCGUGAGUUUGCUGCGCGACUUCAUCAACAACAUGAAGAAAUAAACAAAUAGCGCAUCUAAUCUUGCUGGUUCGAAUGAAAGCAAAGGUUGCCGAAUCUCUCUUUAUUCGUGUAGGACGUGAGCCGCUGCCAACAUGGUGAAGGAGCAGUUUAGAGAGACGGACGUGGCCAAGAAAAUAAGCCACAUUUGCUUCGGCAUGAAAUCAGCCGAUCAAAUGCGUCAGCAGGCCCACAUUCAGGUGGUCAGUAAGAAUCUCUACAGCCAGGACACCAAACACUCGCCGCUGCCUUACGGCGUGUUGGACCACCGCAUGGGGACCAGCGAGAAAGACCGACCGUGCCUAACGUGCGGGAAGAAUCUGGCCGACUGCUUGGGACACUACGGCUUCCUGGAUUUGGAACUGCCGUGUUUCCACGUGGGCUACUUCAAAGCCAUCAUUGGAAUCUUGCAGAUGAUUUGCAAGACGUGCUCGAGCAUCAUGCUGACCAAAGAAGAGAAGCUGCAGUUCAUGGACAUGCUGAAGCGGCCCAACCUGCCGUACCUCCACAAACGAGGCCUGAAGAAGAAGAUCUCCGACAAAUGCCGCAAACGAAGCCUCUGUCUCAAUUGCUCGGCGUUCAACGGCACGGUGAAGAAGUGCGGCCUGCUGAAGAUCAUCCACGAGAAGUACAAGAGCAGCAAGAAGGUGGUGGAGCCUUUCGUGUCCGAGUUCCUGCAGUCCUUCGACACGGCCAUCGAGCACAACAAACUCAUGGAGCCGCUUUUGGCGCGGGCGCAGGAGAACCUCAACCCUCUGGUGGUGCUCAACAUGUUGAAGCGCAUCCCCCAGGAGGACGUGCCGCUGCUGCUGAUGAACCCCGAGGCGGGCAAACCGGCCGACCUCAUCCUCACCCGCCUGCUGGUGCCGCCGCUCUGCAUCCGGCCCUCCGUGGUCAGCGACCUCAAGUCGGGCACCAACGAGGACGACCUCACCAUGAAGCUCACGGAGAUCAUCUUCCUCAACGACGUCAUCAAAAAGCAUCGCAUGAGCGGCGCCAAGACGCAGAUGAUCAUGGAGGACUGGGACUUCCUGCAGCUGCAGUGCGCGCUGUACAUCAACAGCGAGCUGUCCGGCAUCCCGCUCAACAUGGCGCCCAAGAAGUGGACCAGAGGCUUUGUGCAGAGACUCAAGGGCAAGCAAGGUCGAUUCCGAGGCAAUCUGUCGGGGAAAAGGGUGGACUUUUCGGGCAGAACCGUCAUCUCCCCCGACCCCAACCUGAGGAUCGACGAAGUGGCCGUACCCGUGCACGUGGCCAAAAUCCUGACCUACCCGGAGAGGGUGAACAAAGCCAACCUGGAGCUCAUGAGAAAACUGGUCCGAAACGGCCCGGACGUUCACCCCGGCGCCAACUUCAUCGAAAAUCGACGCAACCAAAUGAAAAGGUUCUUGAAGUACGGCAACCGGGAGAAGAUUGCGCAGGAGCUGCGCUUCGGCGACGUGGUGGAGAGGCACAUGAUCGACGGAGACAUCGUGCUGUUCAAUCGGCAGCCCUCGCUGCACAAGCUCAGCAUCAUGGCUCACAUCGCCCGCGUCAAGCCUCACCGGACUUUCCGCUUCAACGAGUGCGUGUGCACGCCGUACAACGCCGACUUUGACGGCGACGAAAUGAAUCUCCACCUGCCCCAGACUGAGGAGGCCAAAGCUGAGGCUCUGGUGCUCAUGGGGACAAAAGCUAAUCUCGUCACGCCAAGAAAUGGCGAGCCGCUCAUCGCCGCUAUUCAGGACUUCCUGACAGCCGGCUACCUCCUGACGCUGAAGGACACCUUCUUCGACCGAUCCAAAGCCUGCCAGAUUGUGGCGUCCAUCCUCGUGGGCAAGGACGAAAAAGUCAAGAUCGCCCUCCCCCGCCCGGCUGUAAUGAAGCCCAUGGCUCUUUGGACAGGCAAGCAAAUAUUCAGCCUCAUCCUGAAGCCCAGCAAAGAUUGUCCCGUCAAGGCCAACCUGCGGACGAAGGGCAAGCAGUACUGUGGCAAAGGCGAGGACUUGUGCCACAACGACUCGUUCGUGGUAAUCCACAACAGCGAGCUGAUGUGCGGCAGCAUGGACAAGAGCACCUUGGGCUCAGGCUCCAAGAACAACAUCUUCUACAUCCUGCUGAGAGACUGGGGACAGCUGGAGGCGGCCAACGCCAUGUCCCGCCUGGCGCGACUCGCCCCCGUCUAUCUUUCUAACCGAGGCUUUUCCAUCGGUAUCGGGGACGUGACGCCCGGCCAGGGCCUGCUGAAGGCCAAGCAGGACCUCCUGGACGACGGCUACCGCAAAUGCGACGAGUACAUCGAAGCCCUGCAGACGGGGAAGCUGCAGCAGCAGCCCGGCUGCUCGGCCGAGGAGACCCUGGAGGCCCUCAUCCUGCGUGAGCUGUCGGUCAUCAGAGACCGAGCUGGCAGCGCCUGCCUCAGGGAACUGGACAAGAGCAACAGUCCUCUGAUCAUGGCUCUCUGCGGCUCCAAAGGAUCUUUUAUUAACAUCUCUCAGAUGAUUGCAUGCGUGGGCCAGCAGGCCAUAAGUGGAUCUCGAGUACCUGACGGUUUUGAAAAUCGUUCCCUGCCUCACUUUGAAAAGCACUCCAAAUUGCCCGCCGCGAAAGGCUUCGUGGCCGACAGCUUCUACUCCGGCCUGACGCCCACUGAGUUCUUCUUCCACACGAUGGCUGGCCGCGAGGGCCUGGUGGACACCGCCGUGAAAACCGCAGAGACGGGCUACAUGCAGCGGCGUUUGGUGAAGUCGCUGGAGGAUCUGUGCUCCCAGUACGACCUCACAGUGCGAAGCUCCACCGGCGACAUCAUCCAGUUCAUCUACGGCGGCGACGGCCUGGACCCCGCAGACAUGGAGGGCAAGGACGAACCGCUGGAGUUCAAGAGGGUCCUGGACAACAUCCGGGCGGUCCACACGUGUCCGGACGAGCCCACGCUCAGCCAGGGCGAGCUGCUGCUCACGUCAGAAGCAAUCAUGAAGCAAGCGGACUUUGGGUGCUGCCGAGACAGCUUCUUGGAGGAAAUCCAAAAAUUCAUCAAGGGCAUCUCCGAGAGGAUCAAGAAGACCAGAGACAAGUACGGCAUCAACGACAACGGCACCAGCGAGCCAAAGGUCCUCUAUCAGCUGGACCGCAUAACUCCCACACAGUUGAAGAAGUUUCUGGAAACAUGCAGAGACAAAUACAUGAGAGCGCAGAUGGAGCCGGGCUCGGCGGUGGGGGCCCUGUGCGCCCAGAGCAUCGGCGAGCCCGGCACGCAGAUGACCCUCAAGACCUUCCACUUCGCCGGCGUGGCGUCCAUGAACAUCACGCUCGGCGUACCUCGCAUCAAGGAGAUCAUCAACGCCUCCAAGAACAUCAGCACGCCGAUCAUCACCGCGCACUUGGACGUGGAGGACGACGCCGACUUUGGCCGGCUGGUGAAGGGCAGGAUCGAAAAAACGCUCCUGGGCGAGAUUUCGGAAUACAUCGAAGAGGUCUUUCUACCAGACGACUGUUUCAUCUUGGUCAAAUUGUCCUUGGAGCGAAUAAGGCUGCUGCGACUGGAGGUGAACGCCGAGACGGUGCGUUACUCCAUCUGCAUGUCGAAGCUGCGCGUGAAGCCGGGCGACAUCGCCGUGCACGGCGAGGCUGUGGUGUGCGUGUCGCCGCGGGAAAGCAGCAAAAGCUCCAUGUACUACGUCAUGCAGUCGCUGAAGGCCGAGCUGCCCAAGGUGGUGGUCCAAGGAAUACCCGAGGUCGCCCGGGCCGUCAUCCACAUCGACGAGCAGAGCGGCAAGAGCAAGUACAAGUUGCUGGUGGAGGGCGACAACCUGCGCGCCGUCAUGGCAACCCACGGCGUGAACGGAAGCAGGACCACUUCCAACAACACGUACGAGGUGGAGAAGACGCUGGGCAUCGAGGCGGCCAGGUCCACGAUCAUCAACGAGAUCCAGUACACCAUGGUCAACCACGGGAUGAGCAUCGACCGGCGCCACGUCAUGCUCCUCGCCGACCUCAUGUCCUACAAGGGGGAGAUACUUGGAAUCACCAGAUUCGGCUUGGCCAAAAUGAAGGAGAGCGUCCUCAUGCUGGCGUCCUUCGAGAAAACGGCCGACCACCUCUUCGACGCCGCCUACUUCGGCCAGAAGGACUCGGUCUGCGGCGUGUCGGAGUGCAUCAUCAUGGGCAUUCCCAUGAACAUCGGCACGGGCCUCUUCAAGCUGCUGCACAAGGCGGAGCGAGACCCCCGCCUGGCCACGAGGCCCCUGCUCUUCGACACGCCCGACCUCCACGUACCUCUCGUCACGUAACGGUGAGCGCGCCGUCCGGUCCGGUCGCUUCAGAGACAGACAAUCGCUCGUGUGCGAGGAUGAUGAUUGUUUGGGGUUUUGUCGACUCGAGGGUCUCCUCAAUCCGCGGGCCGACCGCUACCGAAAUGCCUUCAAGUUUCUGUUUAUGUCAACGUCGCCUCUCUGAGAAAAAUCCCGCGAGACUUCAGCUCAAUUGCAGUUUAGUUGAGUCCCUUUCACGCGAGAGGUCACUGCAAGAAACGGUCGACGACCGUAGAGCAGCAAAUCGGACUCACUGGGACGGACGAAAAGUGUUUAGCACCAAUGGAGAAAUUCGAGAAGUACAACGAAGGCCUCGUUAAGUCCAUCAAUCGUCACCACUUUGAGUUCAUGUAAAUUUCUUCUCCGGUUGUUUUACUUGGGUGACUGAAGAAUGUUCAAAUAGGAAGAGAGACACUUUUGUUUUCAAAACAACUGAGGAAUUGCACUGUGUACAUGUACGUAUCAUGUCAGCCAAUAAAGAAACGCAUUUGAAGGAUGCCUUCCUUA